AUGCCCUCCGACCUCCCCCCCCUCUUCCAACCAGCCCUCAUCCUCCACGGCGGCGCCGGCGCCAUCCACCGGUCCACCCUCCCGCCCGACCUCUACGCGCAAUACCACGCCUCGCUCCUCGAGUACCUGCGCUCCACCCGCGCCCUGCUGGACAAUGGCGCCUCGGCCCUCGACGCCGCCGUGCACGCCGUCGCUCUGAUGGAGGACGACCCGCUCUUCAACUGCGGCCGCGGCAGCGUCUUCACCGCCGCCGGCACCAUCGAGAUGGAGGCCUCGCUCAUGGUCACCUCGGUGAACGCGGCGCACCCGUCGGAGGGGAUCGUUAAGCGCGGUGUCGGUGUGAUGGGAUUGCGGAAUGUGAGGCAUCCGAUCAAGUUGGCGCGAGAGGUUCUGGAACGGUCUGGUGGGAAGGACGAACGUGAUGCAGAUGGGGGUCAGGGCAGGGAUAGGGGCACGGAUGGGGGCAGUAUGCACUCCCAGCUGGUGGCGCCUUAUGUCGAGGAUGUACUGGCCAGGCAGUGGGGGCUGGAGUUUAUGCCGGAUGAGUGGUUCUUCACGCAGCGGCGGUGGGAGGAGCAUCUCCGGGGGUUGCGGGGGGAGGUUGAGACUGUCGCGAUGAGUCAGGGGACGGUUGGGUGUGUUUGUUUGGAUCGUGCGGGUGGGUUGGCGGUUGCUACGAGUACUGGGGGGUUGACGAAUAAGUUGCCGGGGAGGAUUGGGGAUACGCCGACGCUUGGGGCGGGCUUCUGGGCGGAGGCGUGGGAGGAAGAGGAGAGGAAACGUGCGGUUGCGGUGUCGGGGACGGGCAAUGGAGAUUCGUUCCUUCGCACGGCGGCUGCGCGAACGGCUUGCGCCAUGUCGCGGUUCUCAACGCCGAGUCCCUCGUUGGCCGAGGCUGUCAGUGCGGUUGCUGGGCCCGGCGGCGAGCUGCAGCGUUCGGCGGGCGAUCGAUGGGGCUCAACCGGCGAGGGUCAGGGCGGGAUUAUUGGUAUAGAGGCUGAGUUGGAGGAUCCUGUGGUCUUGGAGACUGGUGAUGCUCAAGACAGAACCAAGCUCAGGAAAGGCAAAGUGGUGUUUGAUUUCAAUUGCGGAGGGUUAUGGAGGGCUUGGGUGGAGGAUUCUGGCAAUGGGGAAGCAAUUGAGCGGGUGAUGGUGUUUAGAAAGGAAUAUCAAUAG